AUGUCGGACAAAAUCAGAGUAGCCGUGCGGGUUCGCCCGUUCAACCGACGAGAGCUCGAGUUGGCCACCGAAAACGUGAUAGAAAUGAAUGGCACACAGACGAUUUUGAAAUAUCCUGCCAGCCUAGAUAAGAUGGAAAGGAAACCGCCCAAGAUCUUCGCUUUCGAUCACUGCUUCUACUCGACGGAUGUGGACGCCGGUAACUUUGCGUCCCAGGAGCUGGUCUUCAACAACGUCGGCCGGGACAUUCUGGAGAAUGCGUUCCAGGGCUACAAUGCGUGCAUUUUCGCGUACGGCCAGACGGGUUCGGGCAAAUCGUACACGAUGAUGGGCAGCCAGGAGAGCAAGGGCAUCAUACCGAGGCUGUGCGAUGAGCUGUUCGCGUCGAUUGCGGCCAAACAAACGGACGAGCUGAACUACAAGGUGGAGGUCUCGUACAUGGAGAUCUACAACGAGAAGGUGCACGAUCUGCUCGACCCAAAGACGGCCAAGCAAUCGUUGAAGGUGCGCGAGCAUAAUGUGCUUGGACCGUACGUCGAUGGGCUUUCACAGCUGGCCGUUACGUCGUUUUUGGACAUCGACAACCUGAUGGCGGAGGGCAACAAAUCGCGCACGGUAGCGGCCACGAACAUGAACUCGGAAUCGUCCCGUUCGCAUGCAGUAUUCACGGUCGUGCUGACACAGACGCUGAUUGACACGCUGUCGGGUGUGACGGGCGAGAAAGUGUCCCGGGUGUCCCUGGUGGAUUUGGCCGGCAGCGAGCGUGCGGUAAAAACCGGUGCCGUCGGUGACCGGCUGAAGGAGGGUUCGAACAUCAACAAAAGUCUCACCACGCUGGGUUUGGUCAUAUCCAAGCUUGCCGACAGCACCGGUGGCGGUGGAGCGAGUGGUGGUGGUGGUGGUGGCAAGAACAAGGACAAAUUCGUACCGUACCGUGAUUCGGUGCUGACGUGGCUGUUGAAGGACAAUCUCGGGGGAAACUCGCGGACGGUGAUGCUGGCAACACUGUCACCUGCGGCCGAUAACUACGAGGAGACGCUCUCGACGCUACGGUAUGCGGAUCGUGCGAAGCGGAUCGUCAAUCAUGCCGUGGUUAAUGAGGAUCCGAAUGCGCGUAUUAUCCGCGAGCUGCGUAAAGAGGUUGAGACACUACGGGAAAUGUUGAAGCACGCGACUGGAAGUAGCUUCGGGGAUAUGAAGCGAGUUGACAUCCACGAUAAGCUGGCGGAAAGCGAGAACCUGAUGAAGCAGAUCUCGCAGACGUGGGAAGAGAAGCUCGAGAAGACGGAACAGAUCCAGAGCGAACGUCAGCAGGCGCUGGAGAAGAUGGGCAUCAGUGUGCAGGACAGUGGCAUUAAGGUGGAGAAGAACAAGUACUAUCUGGUGAAUCUGAACGCGGAUCCAUCGCUGAAUGAGCUGCUGGUGUACUACCUGAAGGAGGAAACGCUUAUCGGUGGUCGGAGCAGUGGCGUUGGAGGAACCGGUGGCACUGGAGGAAGCAGUAAGCAACCGGACAUUCAGCUGCUCGGGCUCGGUAUACAAUCGGAACACUGUCUCAUCACGAUCGAGGAGGGUGAAUUGUACAUGGAGCCGAUCGAGAACGCGCGUUGUUACGUGAACGGAUCGGUCGUGAGUGGCAAAAUGGCACUGCACCACGGUGAUCGUAUCCUUUGGGGUAAUCAUCAUUUCUUCCGCGUUAAUUGCCCAAAAUCGGCGACAAACAGUACGGCCCUGGGCACGUCGGAACCGCAGACACCGGCACAACAUCUUGACUAUUACUACGCGCAGGAAGAGCUGAUGCAGAACGAGCUGAGCAACAAUCCGAUCCAGGCGGCCAUUUCGCGGCUCGAGAAGCAACACGAAGAGGACAAACAGGUGGCGCUCGAGAAGCAGCGGCAGGAGUACGAGAAGCAGUUCCAGCAGUUGCGUAACAUCCUUUCGCCGACGACACCGUACGCGCCGUACGCACCGUAUGAUCCGUUCCGGCUGGGAAAACUACCACCCAACACACCGACGGCACAGCUGCGCGUGGAAAAGUGGGCCCAAGAACGGGAUGAAAUGUUCAAACGAUCGCUUGGCCAACUCAAGACGGACAUCGUGCGUGCGAAUGCGCUCGUACAGGAAGCGAACGUGCUGGCGGAGGAGAUGGACAAGCAGACGAAGUUUAGCGUAACGCUGCAGAUACCACCGGCCAAUCUCAGCCCGAACCGAAAGCGUGGUGCGUUCGUGAGCGAACCCGCCAUCCUGGUGCGCCGCAUGAACUCCGGAAGCCAGAUAUGGAGCAUGGAAAAGCUGGAGAACAAGCUGAUCGACAUGCGCGACAUGUACCAGGAGCACAAGGAGCGCCACCAGAUCACGGCCGAGGAAGCGAAAGCGAAAUCCGACCCGUUCUACGAGUCGCAGGAAAACCACAACCUCAUCGGUGUGGCCAACAUCUUCCUGGAGGUGUUGUUCCACGACGUGAAGCUCGACUACCACACGCCGAUCAUCAGCCAGCAGGGUGAGGUGGCUGGCCGGUUGCAGGUGGAAAUUAGCCGCGUUGCGGGUGCUUUUCCGCAGGAUCGUAUGUGCGAAUCGGCCUCGGAAAGCUCGGCGGACAGCCACGAGGAUGAUGAGGAGUCACCGGAUACGCCAUCACCGCCACCGCAGACGAACAGCAAUCAGAUUAGCUGCCGUAUAAGCAUCAAGCAGGCGUCCGGCCUUCCGUUGUAUCUGUCGAAUUUCGUGUUUUGUCAGUACUCGUUCUGGAACCACGAGGUGGCUGUGGUACCGGCGACGAACCAAGAGGUCGCCGGUCACAACCAGAACAUUACGUUCAAGUUCGAGCAUGAAGCCGACUACGUGGUCACGAUGAAUGAGGAGUUCCUGGAGCAUUGUACGGACGGAGCACUGUCGAUCGAGGUGUGGGGCCACCGGUCGGUUGGAUUUUCGCGCAUGAAGGACUGGGAAGUCGAACAGCAGCAGGCUAAGGCUCGCUCGUUGGCCGAUCGUUGGGCUGAGCUGUCGCGAAAGAUCGAGCUGUGGGUUGAGAUCCACGAGCUGAACGAUAACGGAGAUUGGGCUCCGGUUGAGGUGCAAUGUGCCCGGGAUAUGUUGACCGGUGGCGUGUACCAGCUGCGCCAGGGAUUCCAGCGGCGUGUAAUGGUGCGCGUGAAACCGGUGCAAAACUCCGGCACGUUACCGAUCAUCUGCCAAUCGAUCAUUAACGUGUCGAUGGGUUGCGUUACGGUUCGUUCGAAGCUGCAGAAACCGAUGGAUUCGUACCAGGAAGAGGACCUCACGGUGUUGCGAGAUAAGUGGAGCGAAGCGCUUGGCCGUAGGCGUCAAUACCUUGACCAACAGAUCCAGCGGUUGAUCAACAAGGACGACAAAACGGAACAGGAAAAGGAGCGUGAGCAAAGCUUAGUCAAUCAGUGGGUUUCGCUGACGGAGGAACGCAAUGCGGUGCUGGUGCCUGCGCCGGGUUCCGGUAUACCGGGUGCACCUGCGUCCUGGGAUCCACCGCUCGGUAUGGAACCGCACGUACCGGUGCUGUUUUUGGAUCUAAACGCGGAUGACCUCUCGACGCAGGGUCUCUCGAACGAUGAGGUGCCGCUGUCCGGAUUGAACUCCAUCCUGCCGAAGGAGCAUGGCAACAAGUUCUACAAUCUGCAGAUCAUCCAGCACCUGGAUAAGGACAUCUGCGCCAUCUGCAGCUGGGAUUCGUCCAUACACGAUUGUGCGGCGCUGAAUCGCAUCACUGAACCCAAUGAGCGGGUUUAUCUGAUCCUGAAGACGACCGUGCGGUUGUCACAUCCAGCACCGAUGGAUCUGGUGCUGCGCAAGCGGUUGGCUCUCAACAUUUACAAGCGCCAGAGCUUUACGGAUCGGUUGAAGAAGCUGCGCAUUGGAAGGGCCGAAUCGUUGUCCCUGCAGUCGGGUGUCACGUAUGAGGUCGUUUCGAACAUACCGAAGGCCUCGGAGGAGCUGGAGGAUCGCGAAUCGCUUGCACAAAUCGCUGCCACCGGUGACGAUUGUUCGGCGAGCGAUGGCGAAACAUACAUCGAAAAAUAUACCAAAGGAGUGUCCGCGGUGGAAAGCAUCCUGACGCUGGACCGGCUGCGGCAGAGCGUAGCUGUGAAGGAGCUGGAACAGGUGCGCGGUCCGGCACUCUCGAUGCGCAAGACGGCCAGCGUGCCCAACUUCUCGCAGGCCGUAAAAGAUGCCAGGGAGCUUAGUGCGAGUCUCACCACGUCGAGGACAAUGAGAUUCUUCGAUGCCUCGUUUGAGUCCCUGUUAAACAUUGGACGAUCUGAAUCCUAUGCGGACUUGAAAAUGGGCCUUAACAAUGCGCAAAGCACUCGUGAAACAGCCGGAACCAGGCAAAAGUUGAAAAACAACAACGGCGAAGAGUUAUCCAAUUCUGGCUACAGUGCAGCUCGACCCACAUUCCUCAAUCUCAAUAUCAAUCUGAACUCCCUGAGACUGCAGCCAACUAAACCGUCCCCAGCUGCUAGCAAGCUAGCCCAACGGAUGACAACCUUGCACGAGGAACCUUUGAUCAAGCAAAUCUGCUACGAGGAAGAAGGCGAAGAUCGGUUCAGCGAGCCCGAGUAUGCGGAUUACAACGAUUUCUACGAACAACCAAUGGGCAAGAAGCCGUCCCUGUCCAAGAUGAAGUCAUCGUACACGGUGGAGUCGUUUAUCGACAUCGACAAACGCAGCCAAUCGACGGUGAACGAUACCAUGGGCUCGAUAGGUGCUACAAGUGGAAAAAUGACCAACAAGGCAAAGGCAGAAUCGGCUUCCCUUGGUGGUAUCUCAUCGGCACCAGUGUCAGGGGGCAGCGGUGGCCACGCAGCGAAAUAUCAAACCAUGACACCGAGCAUGAGCUCGUCCACCUCCAGUGGAUACGGUUCGCAAGCGGUCUCGUGCAGUAACCUCACAAACGACGACACCUACUCCAUUCGAUCGCUCAGUGUCGGAGAAACUCCAGAAACAAUGUCACCGUCCAACAGAAUGCAGGAACAAAUCAUGCCCACUAGCAGCGAUGCCAAAUCGGAGGAGGAAUCCGUAACCUCUCCAUCGACCUCAACCACCGCUUCCGAGAACACGCUGAUGGCGGCGAGCAUGGAUGGUUACAGCAGCAGUAGCCCAUCAGCUCCCGUCCCGCCCGUGGACUACUCAAAGCGCAUCAAUCCAUUCCUAAAGGAUGCCAAUUUGGAGGCGUUACACGACAGCAGAUCUGCGGAAGCUUUCAGUGAUGCGAAGCCACCCCAGCAGAUUGAUGAAGACGAAGGAUUUGAGGCCGAUUCGCGCCAAUCGGACUCAUCGGCGAUGGACGAUUCAACGCAGAUGAGCGAGGAACACGACCAAAGUUCGACGAUGCCCAACAAGGCAGAUGUAAUGGAAAGCAGUUUCUCCUCAACACCGGGCAAGCAGGAGAUAAUCCCCGAGUGGGUGCUGGUCGGUGAAUCAGUCCUGAUAAGACCGUAUAAUACCAGCGGAGUCAUUGCGUUCGUCGGUGGUACUCACUUUCAGGGAGGCACUUGGAUCGGAGUGGAAUUGGACACGCCAACCGGCAAAAACGAUGGCACUGUGCAGGGCAUUCAGUAUUUCGAUUGCCGAUCGAAGCAUGGCAUAUUCGUGCGCGUGGAUAAGCUUAUCCUUGACAAACGCGGCCGAGCGAUGCGAGAGCUGAAAAAGGCGGAAAAGAUGAAAGCUGAACUUGCCGCCGGUGCGAAGGGUGGCAAAGCGACGUUAACCGGUGGCACCGGGUUGGCAACGAACGGUCCGCGCAAAUGA